CUUCCGGCGCGCCAUGCAGCGCUGUGAGCUGCGCGGUGGAGCCCGUCCGGUGCCGCUGCCCCACGGAGAGGUCGUGACCCUGGGGCGGGGACCGGAAACGGGGGUCACGGACCGGAAGUGCUCCCGGAGACAGGUGGAGAUCGUUGCUGACUGCACCGAGGGCACAGCUCUGGUCACACAGCAUGGGGUGAACCCCACAUCCGUGGGGGGGACCCCAUUGGGCCGUGGGGUCAGCACCACACUGAGGCCAGGCCAGACCCUCUGCUUGGUCAAUGGCCUCUACCCAUUGGAGCUGCACGUCGAGGGGCCCCCCCCACGCCCCUGCCCCCCCCCCGACCCUUGGACCCAAUGUGGAGCCCUCUUGGUCUUCACCCCCCCUGGGGUCAUCCCCAGCUCCAAGAUCGCAGGGUUUGACCUGGAUGGGACUCUCAUCAGCACCAAGUCAGGGAGGGUGUUUCCUAUGGGGCCUGAGGACUGGAGGAUUCUGUACCCGGAGGUGCCCAAGAAGCUGAAGGAGCUGCAGAAGGAGGGGUAUAAGGUCGUUGUCUUCACCAACCAAAUGGGGAUCUCCCGCGGGCGCCUCCAGUGCUCCCAGUUCAAGGCCAAGGUGGAGGCUGUGGCCCAGAAACUGGGGGGGGCCCUGCAGGUGCUGGUGGCGACAGGACCGGGGCUGUACCGGAAACCAGUGCUGGGGAUGUGGGACCAUUUGUGCCAGGAGGCCAAUGGGGCCGUGCCUGUGUCGGUGCCCGACAGCUUCUAUGUGGGGGAUGCAGCCGGACGCCCCCAGAAUUGGGCCCCUGGGCGCAAGAAAAAGGACUUUUCGUGCACUGAUCGUUUGUUCGCCAUCAACGCCGGCCUCCGCUUCCACACCCCGGAGGAAUUCUUCCUGGGCUGGCCCCCGGCGCCCUUUGACCUGCCGACCUUUGACCCCCGGAAGCUUGACCCCUCGGGGCCACUCUAUGACCCCCCCGAUGAACCUCUGCUCAGCUCCACCCCUGAGGUCGUGGUGGCCGUGGGGUACCCGGGGGCUGGGAAGUCGACCUUCCUGAAGACACAUUUCGUUCCCGCGGGAUACGUCUACGUCAACCGGGACACGCUGGGCUCCUGGCAUCGCUGUGUUGCUGCCUGUGAGGCUGCUCUGGGCAGAGGCUGCUCUGUGGCCAUUGACAACACAAACCCGGACCCCGAAUCCAGGCAGAGGUUCGUGGCCUGUGCUCGCGCUGCCUCCGUCCCCUGCAGGUGUUUGCUCUUCACUGCCAGCAUCGAGCAGGCUCAGCACAACUGCAGGUUCCGGGAUAUGACCGAGAGUGACCAUGUCCCUGUCACUGAUGCUGUGCUCUAUGGAUACAGGAACCGGUUCGUCCCUCCCUCCCUCUCCGAGGGCUUUUCCCGCCUCCUGCACAUCCACUUCCGGCCUCACUUCCGGGACCCGCAGCGGAAGCGCCUCUACCUGCAGUUCAGUGCGGGGUGAAGCCACGCCCCCUUCCCCUUGAC